GAGAGGACAAUAAAAAUCCUUCUACAAGCUCUGAACAUCUAUUUGAAGUUGAGAUUUUUGCCGAUGAGUUGAACAUUCGUCAAAGAAUUAAUUACUCACACUCCUUUGCUACCAGUCUCUUUCUGUCCUUCCACAAAAUUAUUUCUUAUGUUUUCCAGAAACAGUUUAUAUUUUCCUCCCUUUUUGUAAUUUGAAAUUGCGAUGUUGAGAAAGUCUGUGAUGCAUAGCAACACCUUCAGUAUAGCACUUCCCCACUGGUCAUACAGAAGAUUAAUUUAAAAAUACCAACAAAAAUUUAAAAUCAUAAAAGACAAGUGUCACUAGAAAUGAGGAAAAAAUUUCAAUUAACUUAAAACUAAAUUAACGAAAAAACAAAUCAAAAAAAUAUCUGAGAAAGAAAUCCUAGAAAUAAACUGUUCAAUAAGAGAAGAAUUUGAGGAGCCAAAUAUAUGGUGAAUUUAUUCUUCUUGGAGUGUGAAUGGUUUCUCCUCAUCUAAUCUUGGUAGCACUACCAAAAUCAUUCCAUUUAUCACUGAAAUGAGUUGUAUUUUUGGAUAUUUACAAAAUUUUUACUUGAUGGAGAAAAUGUUAUGGAUUCAUUUCUAUCUUGGUUUACUGUCUGCAGGUUUCAUUACAGCCAAAGCCAUUCAACCACAAGAAUUUGUCCAAAUUCCAGUCAACCAAUCAGUGAUAGAAGGAUCAACAGCUACUUUAAAAUGUCAAGUUAAAAAUAGAGUAGGAAAAUUACAAUGGACAAAAAAUAAAUUUAUUUUAGGCGUAGACCGAAAUUUACCAAGUUAUGAAAGAUAUUCAAUGGUUGGAAAUCCAGCAAGAGACGAGUUCCAUCUACGAAUUGUAUCUGCUAAAUUAGAAGAUGAUGGCUUGUAUCAAUGUCAGGUUGGACAAACAGAAGAAGCUGAAGGCAUCAGAAGCAACACUGUUAAACUCACAGUUUUAUUUCCACCUGACCCACCACAGAUUUUAGAAGCACCAAUUGCCGCAGUUAUAUUAGGAAAACCUACCAAUAUUACAUGUCUUGUGAAAAAUGGGAAACCAGGAGCUAAAAUUACGUGGUACCUGGCAGGAAAGUUGAUGAAUCGGAAAUUAUAUUCAACUGAAAUGUUUACUAAACCAAACAAACGAGUUGAUACAAAAGGCAAUAUAAUGUUAAUACCUAAAACAGAACAUUCUGGAAAACUACUAGAAUGCCAUGCUAUAAAUGAAGCUUUACAAAAUCCAUAUGUGACAAGGGUUACAUUAAAUGUUCAAUAUCCUCCAGAUAUUACAAUGAAAAUAAAUAUUACAGGAAAAAUUAGGCAAGGAAUGAAUGUACAGUUAGCAUGUGAGGGUUUUGCUAAUCCACAACAGAUUAAAUGGAAAUGGUAUCGUAAUGGGAAACACUUAGCUCGGCAAACAGCAAGUGUUUUGAAUCUGCCGUCCAUAUCUCAUGUGUACCAUGACAAUACAAUCACAUGUGAAGCUACAAAUUCAAUUGGUAGUACGCGCAAAGAAAAAAGGCUGGAUAUCAAAUAUGGUCCACGUUUCAUUAGUGCUAGUAGUCAUGUAGCAGUAGACCCGAGAGAGAAUGCUAAGCUGAAGUGUGAAGCUGAUGGUAAUCCUCAACCGAGCAUCAUUUGGCGGAAAAAAGGUUCCCAUAAUAUCUUGGGAAGUGGUUCGACCUUGGAGCUUGUAGAAGUCAAUGAUGCAGACCUAGGCACCUACUAUUGUACAGCCACAGUUGUUGGUUUUAGUGAAAUCAGUCGAGAAGUACUGCUUUUAAAGAAUGGUCCUCCUCGCAUUAUGAGUGACGGAAAAUUUUAUACAAGUCAAGAGAAAACAGCACACAUUGAAUGUAUUGCUAUAUCCGUCCCGAAACCAGUCAGUAUGUAUUGGAUGAAGAAUGGCAGAACGCUUGAUAAUACAAACUCAGACCGUUUUUCAACGAAUAAUGAAGAAUUACCAUAUGGUAUGAAGAGCACAUUAGAAAUCCUUAAAGUCCACAAAGAGGAUUUUGGCAGUUACAACUGCAGUGUGGCCAACAAAUAUGGUGAAGAUAUAGCCAUUAUUACACUGGCUGAGAAAGAUGUCUUACCAAUGCCAUAUAUAAUUGGUGGCGCCGUAGGAAGUGUAGCAGUCAUUUUAAUCAUUAUUUUAGCUUGUGUGAUAUACCAUAGAUACAAAAACACUGACUCAGGUGCUGACUCUUAUACAGAUUCUGAUAGCACUAUGGAGAAAAAGAAAGAUGUAAAAUCAGAAUCACCAACACUGAUGGGACAAUGGCGCCAGGACUACAACAAAGACCUUUACCGUUAUUCAGAUAACUUCGAUGAAGUUUAUAAUUCCAAGAGUAACAACAACGCACAUAUACUCUACACAGAACCCUAUUAUAUGGACCCCAGUAACAGGGAGGGCAGUAUGACAUCUCAACCUUAUGACUAUGUUUCCAGACCAGGCUUAACUGAUGUACCUGGUCCUGCUGAUAGAUAUGAAUCUAACUACAAUCGGACUUUUGUGCCAAGGAGCUUUAAAUCUGAUAUCAGCGAUACUUAUUCAAUGCUGCGAUUACCUCCAGCGGAUCUGUCUAACACCAAGUUUGCAACAAAUGUAUAAAUUCUAUAUGAUGUGAUAAAAGUAAAAUGUUAAAAUACAACCAAACUAAGCCACACAUAGACAAAUCAAAACAAAUUGUGCAAAUGUUCGGUGAAAAUGUAUUACAAAACAAAAUAUAGAAAUUUUAAAAAAAACAUUCUUCCUGAGAAAAAAAA